AUUCAUUCAUUGAUUUAUUGAUUUAUUUAUUUGUGUAUGUAUGUGUGUGUGAGGGUGAUGUAACAGUUAGUGAAUGACGUUACUGUGUCUGUGAUCGUCGCCAGCUGAGGUAAACAUGGGGGAGGAGUACGAGAGGAAGAGGAUAUCCACUAACCCUUUCUUAUACACUGAUGGCAGUUUAGUGGAAGAAGACGUGUUACAGGCUGGCCUCGAACCUACUGAAGGCUCUACUGAGGGAUCCAUUACCUCCACCAUAACUGGAUCACAGGAAUUACUGGGUGAUCCUGACCAAACCCCUCAAGCAGAGAUCCCCAGCAGACAAGUGUGGGUCAUGGGCCGAGCUGCAGUUAGUAUGUCCAUUGAUAUUGAUGAUGAAAAGUUACAGACAAUGACCGGUUCAUACUCUGAGAUCUUGGAGCGGCCAAUGCUGGGACAACGUAUUGCUGAAGAAGAUGAGCAAGUAGAAGAAGGGGACAAUGACAUGGCCAGGGAUGAUAUGGAUGCCGUUACUCCUGUAUGUUCAAAUGUAGAUCCAGUUCAAGCUUUCCUUACUCAAGAGCGCCUCACUGCUUUCAUGGCCCAUGAUGAUUCACAGGGGGAAGCCCCAGAAUAUGGGGCAGAAUUAUCUUGUGAUAGUCAGAAACGACCUUGGAGUCUAAAAGUGGGGAGAUGUAGCCCAGACCAAGCAGAGUCAGCUCUUCAAGGUGCUGGAAUUGUUACAAGACAAGGAGACAUCAUAUCCUUUGUAGCAGAUGAUCUACAUAACAAGAUAAAACUCUCCAGUCCUGUUUCAAAAACUGUGGCAUCUUUCCCUGGAUCAAGGAGUUCAACCCCAAGUUUAUUACGGACUGCACUUGCCCCCCAAGUGCCACCUAUAGACCCAUCCAUCAUCAAUGAUAUUGAGACUCAUGCUAGGCAUAUUGCUACAUCUGUUGACACACUUAUUGAAAAUCUUACUGGCACUCUCCUUAGUAUCUCUGCUCUAACUGUUGACUGUGUUGAGACUUACCGGGAUGCUGUGUGUAAAACUUGUGAUGCAGUUGAUGCUAAUAUUAAGUCAAUGUACCAACUGAUGGCCAAAACUGAGGAGCUGAGCAAGUCGAUGAAGCCUAUCUACAAGCUUCAAGAGCAAAUUAAGGAAGUGAGGCGCCUCCUCGAUAUGUUUGAAAAUCUUAUCCACUCCAGUGGUUCAUGAAGCUCUCAGGCCAAUGAAUGAAUGAAAGGUCACAAACUUUCACUUUCUUAAUUAACCUAUGAUCUCUUAGGAUAUUAAACAAAUCAUAAUGAAUAAAAGAAAGUGUUAAAUAUACAGUACAUAAAACAGGAGAUUUCAUCAGGAUCCUAAUAUGGCUUAUGAAGAGAUUAUCAUGAAUUUAAGUACAGAGGGUAUUGUCUUAUAUGAUAUAUACAUUCAGUGGUCUUAUGUUGAUCUGUGAGAUCAUUGAUACAGCAUCUGGGUUUCAUUGAACUUUUUAAUAUGAUGUUGCCUUACAUGAUACAGUAUUGCUGAGCUUUUUUCAGCUGAAAAUUUAUGAUAAAAUAAAUCUGUUUGAAAGAAAAUUGGCCUUAUUUGAAGACUAUGAAUAGAACAUUAAGUAACCCUUUAAUGAAAUGUAAAUAGUAUUACUGUAUGUAGAAGUUCCCUAAUGUUAAAUAGGCAAGGUUUUUCUUGUGUUAUAAGGAUAAGAAAUUUGAUAUUCCCUUCUUUGUUAACAUUCAUUUGACAUGAAUAUUGGAAAGUUUGUUAAAGAAAAGCUAACUCUGACUCUUAAGAUGCUGAUAACUUUUCUUCUCAUCAUGAAGAAAGUUUUUAGUAAUCUGUGUUUGUGAUGUAUAUAGUUAUUUCAUGGUUUUAGGAUAAAUUAUGAAACUUUAAAUCCUGAUCUCUGCCCUAUGUGACAGAAGAAUGAGUGAGUGAUAUACAGUACAGUAGUCAGCGAAUAAAUAUUUUCAGUUGAAAAAUUUUACCCUAUGUGCCUGAAACAUGAAAUCUGUGUCCUCAGUGCCUUAGUCUGCAGUUCCUCUUAAGCAUCCCAAUAACCAGUAGAAUGGUGGUAUAAGGUGCUGUAAACUGUACAUUAAGGCCCCUGGCACAUGGAUUAAAAUUUAAGUUAAAGGACAAGUAUACAGUAGCCCCUUGGUAUUCACAAAUUUUGCAUAUAUUCACAAUUUUAGUAAAUGUAUGCUGAUUCCAUAUUCUUGACUCCCUAACCUCUGGUAUUUGCAAAUUUUCAAAGAUUAGGGUGAAAUUAUUACAGUAUCUUAAAACAUGAAAAAUAUAAUUCAAGAAAUAUCAUUUAUUAUAACAGUAACUACAUUGAGGAUAAAACCACAUUCUUUUUCCAUAUACUGUACCACUAUCAAAUUUACUUAAAAAUUUGAGAAUGUUCAGUUUUUACAUAUUAUUCUAUAUUACAUUGAGGUAACUUUUCACUUUUAUUAGAACAUUUUGUAUAUUGAAUUCCAUAUUUGUAUGUUAAAAACAAUUAAUAUUAACCCUAUUUGUGUAGACUAUUUCUCUGACAAGGAGUUUUCUUCUUUUUUUUUUUGAAUGGGAAAAAUAUAAAAUUUUCUUAUGAAAAGGACAACUUUUGCUUGUAAUCAGAUUCCAUGUAUACCCAAUGAGAGAAACAAGCAAUGGGAAGGAUGAAACUGUGUACAGUAUGUGACCAGGUGGGAGGAUGGGUGAGAUUGAGGCAUUUCUGCGUGGGACAGAUUUGAACCUGUUUUAUUAUUGAUUCAUUAUUAUAUUGUCACAUGAUCAGCCUCUUAUGGUGUACAAUUCAUCAUAAAUAAUAAUACAUUCUCAAUAAUAGAAAAUACAUGUAAAUUUACUUGAAAAUAAAAGGAUAACCAGUAUCGGAAGGUAUCUCCUGGCCCCUCAACCCAUGUCUCCCAUCUGUGACACUUCAGGUUAAUUAAAAAUUUCAUUAAAACAAACCAUUUAAUAUGAUGAGAAAUGAAAUAAAAUGAAGUACUGUCCUGUAUUGCGAUGAAAAGAAUCAUACUUUGUUUGCUGAUUACAGAGAAUAAGACUUGAUAGGGCUGGGCUUAAAAGUUGUGUGGAUUGGAGUCAAGACAAUGCUAUUGGUGUCUGCACCUGUUGAUGUACUUCCCAAAUACAGGUUACCUCGGAUAGUCGUGUUUUUAUCAGUAAUUAUAAAUAACAGGUUUAUGGGAAUGGCGCCACAAACACCUCGUGCACAUGUUGAUGCACACUUAGCCAGUACAUAAGCAACAUGUUGAGAAGCAUUUCUACUAGUAGUCAUUAUCAUUGAAUCUGUGGCCAUUGUGUUCCUACUUUUUCUUUUUUUCUUAUUUUGUGUACCAGGGACUAUUCAAAUAAGAUUAGGUUCCUGUGUUCCUUUGAAAAAUGUCAGCUAACUUUGCGUGAACGCAAAUUCUGAAAUAGCGGCCAGUAGUCAUUUUCACCACAUGGCCGGUGAUAACUUUUGAACUAGAUACACUAGAAUUAUAAAUAAGGGGUCAUUUGAGGUGAGAAAUCUGAUGGGCUGGUAAAUCUUUAGUUAGAUCUCCAUCUUGACCUCCAAAUCCAAGAUGGCGGCCAUCGCACAGCUUGUGAAACCCUACGCUGAGAUUAAAACCAAUGAGGUCUUGAAGAAGCUUGUCAAUACUCUCUUCAAAGACUAUGAAAAUUCCUGCAAGCCCAGUAUUGAAUAUCUUUCUUGGAGAUGGUGGAGAUUCUGACUCAGGACAUUCAUGCCCUCAGGACUCAAAACUGGCAUGAGUUCAUAUCAUCACUAAAACUCAUGCUGCCAUGGAUGACAAUCUAUGACAAUGACAAAUAUGGCCAGUAUCUUCCAGAUUUCAGUGCAGUUCUCGACAAUCUUCAGGGUGAACAGGCUGAAUAUAUGGAAAAUGGUCUGUUUGCCCAGUUCAUGACCGGGAAACCAUACUCCUUCAUGUGGCUUGAAUCAACAAUGAAUAAGGGAUCCAAGCUGGAGUCGGACUGGCUUGUUAUUCUCAAUCAUGAGAAACCGUUACUUUCCAACACUCCCAACAUCAAGAACGUAAACAGAGUGAGGGCAAGCGUGCAUCACCAUGCCAAUCCCAACAAAAAUGCUGAUAUGAAGCAUGCCGAUUCGGCGAUGAGUAAAAUCAAGAUAGAAGAAAAAGCUAAUGCAGAUCUCAGUGCAUGCCUCACUGAAUUCAAAUGCGAUCCAUUUGGCCAUACCAAUCAGACAGUUCGUUCUCUGCAGUCAGGCAUUCCGGCUUCCGAAAUGAUCGCUGCUGAUUGAAAUCUGCAAAGGUAAAUGGUAUGGAAAUUUUUUUUUAUUCCAAGGUGAAGUCACUGAACGACCGAGUCCCGAAAACCAGACGCCAAAACUUUACUACCAACAAAGUCACAAAGGCCGACAACAAUAAUGUGAAAGGGAAGACAGAGGAAUUGUUAACAAAUGCCAUGGAUUCCAUUCUUGCCCUAAUUGAAGAGAGUGGUUCCCUCAAACUUGAACAGGUGUUGCAGCAUUGUGUCACAGAAGAGUCUGUCGAUCUUCAACACCAAUGGCACGAUGCGGAAGGUGUAUAAAAGCAAGUUGCAAGAGAAACUCACGAUGACACCCAUACAAGAACCUGAUACAUACACAUAGAUCGUUGACAUGGGCCUAAUUUGGCGUCUGGCUGCCCCAACCACCGAAGAUCGAGAGACGGACGAUGGUACCAAAUACACCUGGAAAGAUUAUAGAAAGGAGGUGGUGCGCACAGUUUUGACAAGGCAUAAAAAUGCAGAGCGGAUCAUUUGUGUGAAUGACCCAUACGAUCAGAGAUGAACAAUUACAGACAAUGAGCGGAUGCUAUGUCAGAAGAGUGCAUCAAUCAGUAACAUUUACAUGAAGUCUGAAGAUAGUUGCUUGCAAUCAAGGACUUCCACCUUUUUCUGGGUAAAGCAGAAAAUAAUUUCCAUUUGCAGGCCUUUCUGCAGGCUGGAUUCCAGAGCACUGCAGACACAUCUGCUGUCAAAAUCUUCUACUGUAUAGGCUCCAGUGCGAAAAACUUCAGUAUAGGCUAGCCUGCACCACAGUUCACGUGUUCCCAUGCAGAGACUGGCACUGCACUGUUUUUCAUCUACAGUGUCUUCUGGUCAGAGGGCUAUACAUAAGCUUUCAUUCUUGACACAGAAGACACCGAUUACUAUGUGCAGGCAGCUUAUGUUGCCCAGCAAAUGUCAGGAGUAUUAUGUCUGAAGAGGAAGAUACAAUUCAUCACCUCUCAAAGUCUAUGCAAUGAGGAAAUGGCGACCUGCAUCGUUCCACUUCAUGUCCUCACCGUCUGCAAUCAUAACUCUGGCUUCUAUGGCACCAGCAAGAAACUGGUGGCAGAUCGUGUCCAAAGUUCUAAGGAGGCACGUGACCUCUUGGCAUCAUGUGGCACAGAGCUGCCAGCCCCAAAAGAAGUCCUCGAUGACUUGGAGAAGUUUGUGAUCCGAUACAUCUAUUGUGACGCCAAGAACACGAAUCUGGGAGAAGUAAGGGCAGCUCAGUGAAGGACACAAAAGAAGACGAACACCGUCCAAGUGGCACCUGACUCAGAUAGUCUUCACCUCCACUUAAAGUAAACAAACUAUCUCAGUUUUCUGCUUAAACACCCAACCUCAAAUUCCAUGCCUUACCCAUUGGACAUGGAUGGCAUUUGUCAGAUGGCCUGUGCCUGCCUGUCCACUACGCCCAGCCCCCACAUCAGUACCGCCUACCCUUGAAUCCGUUGGAUGAAGACUUGGACACAGUGAAAGUGACAAUGGAGAUGUUCUGAUAGUGACCGUGGUUCUAAUGGCAGCAGUGGCCUUAGCAGUGACAGGAACAAUGAUGCUUAAAAUGUAUUGUAGUGAAGCAUAAAAAAGGAACUUUGUUUAAUUUUAUUCAGUAUAUAACCUUGAUACUGAGAUCACAAAUUAUUUUCACAUGGUGGUGCUGCUUUAAUGAAAUCGGUGACCAUUAUCUUCCCACCUGUAUCUAUAAAAUUUCAGAGUGAAACUAUUUUGUAUAAAGGAUCAAGGUGCCACGCUGGAACUAGUGGUAGAAGAAGCUUCAAUCGUGCAUAUAGAUCGGUUGGUUCCUUAGUUAUUCGUUUCCCAUUUUUAACCUUGGCGACGGAUGCCAUCUUGGAUUUGGAGGUCAAGAUGGUGCCCUAACUAAAAAUUUACCACCCCAUCAGACUUCUCGCCUCAAAAUUAGUGGAAAAUGAUCUCUUAUUCAUGGUUCUAGUGUAUCUAAUUCAAAAGUUAUCACCGGCUGCAUGGUGAAAAUGACCACUGGCCAACAUUUCGGAAUUUGUUCUCCCGUGGAGUUAGCUGACAUGUUUCAGAAGUGCAUAGAAGCUAAAUCAUGUUUGAAUAAUCCCUGGUACACAAAUCAACAAUAAAAAAGGGUAAGAAAACAAUGGUCAUGGAUUCGAUAAAAAUGACAACUACGUACAGUGUAUAUGUACCUAGCUUUCCUCCUGAUCUCUAAGCACUUCUCUUAUGCAGAUGACUAUAGUCUCUUCACCUGAAGAUUGCAACUGAGGUCUAUGGUUAGUUUGUAGCAAGGAAGUAGUUUGGCUGGUGCAUGGACGUUGGAAAAGUCACUACAGUUCCUAAUUAUUUAAUUAUUACCUAUACAGUAUUUAAUUCUGAUAUUUUAAGGGAAAAUAGCUAUUCUGUAUUGAUCUCUGAUAAUUUCCACACUUGGGGAAGCAAGAAUUAGCAUGUGAAACAGUGUGGUAAUAGACUAUAGUUUGUCAGUGUCACUCUUGCCGAAGCUAUCAUUUCAGAAUUUACUCAGUGAAUCUAUCAGUUCUUUAAACUCACCCUCAUUCUCUGAUUCCCAUUAUAUUUUACUUGUUUUUCUAGGAUGUCAAGGCAUCACAAUGCAAUGAGGGGUCUUUCUCUGCAACUCAUCACUGGAAUUGCCAGAUACUUCCUCCAUGAUAACAAAAACUGUUUCUGGUUGAAGGAAGGACACGAGGAGGGACCAACAUGGGGAAGGAAAAGUUUCAAUAAAUCACUCGAGCAGAAAGUUUUUUGUUAUACUACUAAUAAGAUGACCACUAUCAUUGGGGGGCACUCAUCAUAUGUUUACAACCACCUUUGUUUAAGGUUAAAAAACCACCACUUAAAAGGCUACUUUUGUUCACUACAGUACUACUUAAAAUUCUUUUGGCAAAUAUCUGGAAAUAUAGAUAUCUUCAUAAUAAAUAAUAAAUGAGACUUGGGACACCCAUGCUCUAUGCAUUGGACAAGCAACUGCUGGUGCUUGAACUUUUAUACAUGUUGACAAUCAAAAGUAAAAUUUCAGAGAAUAAAACUACAUAUACCAGUACUGCUUUUAAAUGUAGAUUUAAAGCAUAAAUUUGAUAGAUACUGUAUAUAUUUUUUAGUUUGGUAAAUACCUGUAGAAUAAUAAAAAUAUGUGCUGUA